AUGCCCGCCUCGCAAUCCGCCUUCACGGCCGGCGUCGUGCCACCCGCCCCCGAAGACCCGCUGUUUGGCCUGAUGACUGCCUUCCGCGCCGACACCUCGCCCAGCAAAGUCGACUUGGGCAUUGGAGCCUACCGCGACGACAACGCGCAGCCGUGGGUGCUGCCCGUCGUGCGAAAGGCCGAAGAGCUCAUCCGCAGCAAUCCCGCCGCCAACCACGAAUAUCUGCCCAUUGCCGGCCUCCCGGAGCUGGGCCCGGCCACACAGAAGCUGAUUUUCGGCGCUGAUUCUCCUGUCCUCGCGGACAAGCGGAUGCGCCAUGCUGACCGCGAUGCCCUCGCCCUCCAGGUAGCCACGCUGCAGACCAUCUCCGGCACCGGCGCCAUCCAUCUCGGCGGCCUGUUCCUGUCGCGCUUCUAUCCAGCCGACCCCAAGCCCACCGUGCUGCUCUCCAACCCGACCUGGGCCAACCACCGCCAGAUCUUCACCAAUGUCCACCUGCCCGUCGCUUCCUACCCCUACUUCUUCCCGUCCACCAAGGGCCUCGACCUCGAUGGCAUGCUGGCCGCCCUGCGCGCCGCGCCCGACCGCUCCGUCGUCGUCCUGCACACCUGCGCCCACAACCCCACCGGCGUCGACCCGACGCAGGACCAGUGGCAGCAGAUCGCCGUCGCCAUGCGCGAGAAGAACCACUUCCCCUUCUUCGACACCGCCUACCAGGGCUUCGCCUCGGGCGACCUCGCGCGCGACGCCUGGCCCAUCCGCUACUUCGCCGCGCAGGGCUUCGAGCUGUGCGUGGCCGAGUCGUUCGCCAAGAACUUCGGGCUCUACGGCGAACGUGCCGGCGCCUUCCACUUCGUGUGCGCCCCCAGCGACAGCGCCGCCGACGCCGCCGCCGCCAUCGCCAGCCAGCUGACCGUGCUGCAGCGCUGCGAGAUCUCCAACCCGCCCGCGUACGGCGCGCGCAUCGCCUCCAUGGUGCUCAACGACCCCGAGCUGUUUGCCCAGUGGGAGCAGGACCUGCACACCAUGAGCGGCCGCAUCAUCGAGAUGCGCCGCGGCCUGCGCGAGCGCCUCGAGCAGAAGCGCACCCCGGGCACCUGGGAGCAUAUCACGGAGCAGAUCGGCAUGUUCAGCUUCACCGGCUUGUCGGAGGAGCAGGUCAAGAUCUUGAGAGAGAAGUGGCAUGUCUACAUGACCAAGAACGGGCGUAUUUCCAUGGCCGGCUUGAAUUCGCAUAACAUCGACUACUUCGCAGAGGCAGUUGAUAGUGUGGUCCGUGAGACGUCAUCCUAA